UUGUCACGUGUUACGUAUAAUUACAACAAAACACACUCCAUUUCUCGCUACAUACCGUACAGAAACAUGAGCUGCCAGUCCCUCGGCCCACGCACAUGACGGCUGUGCGCGAUCCGAUUGCACCACUUGGCAUGUCCGAAUAAUUGAUGAUGUAGCCCAGCGACGUCUUCCCCAACAUUGUCCCUCCAGCAUCCGCCGACCAUCGACCUCGACCUCCCCCACCGACCAGCACUUCAAACAUGACGCUGAACCUCGAGAAACAGCUGCUCUUCUAUGGAGCUUAUCACAAUAACCCCGUGAACGUUGCUAUUCACAUUACUUGUGUGCCUAUCUUGCUCUUCACGGGCAUCGUGCUGGCAUGCAACAGCCCUACUCUUCUCCCUACGCCUGACGUUCUCUCCUCCAACUACCUCCCUGCCAAUGCCGGUACCAUCGGAGCCUUCAUCUACGCCUUUUUCUAUAUCCUCCUCGAACCGGUCGCGGGCGGCCUGCUCGCCCCGUUGGUGAUCGGUUUCGCAGCUUGCGGUAACUACCUGCUCGGAAACUACGGAAUGGACGUGAACUACUGGGCCGGUGGCAUCCACGUCGUGUCCUGGCUGGCGCAGUUUGUCGGCCACGGCAAGUUUGAGGGUCGCGCCCCGGCGCUGCUGGAUAACCUUGUCCAGGCCCUCUUGCUUGCGCCGCUCUUUGUCUGGAUGGAGAUUUUGUUCUUCUUCGGCUACCGACCCGAGUUGAAGGCGCGGAUGGACAAGAACGUGGAGAUCGAAAUUGCCAAGUUCCGUAAGGAGCAGAAGGCUAAGGCGGCGCAGUGAAGAAGACGCAGUGAAGAACGGCUGAGAAACUCGCUGGUCGGCGGAUAUGGCUCAGUUGGAUGUACUCGGUGGUUCGUUCUUUUCGGGUUGUUCUUUUGCUUGGAAGCAAGUUGAUUUAUCACGGAAGUUUAUGAAAGCAAGCGCCGAGUUUGAGUUCUUUUGCUCUAUUUUCAAGGUCUGACAAGGAUGGGUUUGCGACGAUGUAAUAAAUCAGCUCAUGCGGGGGUUGCAUUGACCCUCGUCGGGUUGUGAUGCCCAGAGCGCAUCUGUCUGACCGGUCUCGGAACUGGUCGUUGCUGGGGCAGGACCCGACAGUAGACCUCCCUGUCUGCGGUUUGGUAACAAGUGAUGCCGCUUCGGAGGAAUACUUCUGUCACAAAAUAAUGAAUAUGACCGAAGCGACGUCAUAUAAUCUAGACAUCAAAGGUUUUUUAAAGUAACAGAAGUAUAAACUUCUCCAGAUCUAUAGAACUCGAUAACACCCCGAUGGGCGUGGUUGCCGUGACGAAAGGCAUUAGCUAAGCAAAUCACUUGACUUAGGAUCCCGCCGAUC